AAAUCGUGAAAAAUUGUAUUAAUUCGUCAGUUUAUGAAGAGUUGCAGUGAAGUUGAAACAAAAAACAGUUCAAUGAGACAGUCAUGCAGACUUUGGAAUCUCAGCAUUGCCAGUGUUUUGGCAUUGACAUUGUCAAAUGUUUUACUUACCAUUCGUCUCCUGAACAACUCUGAAAGUAGCGGAUGUAGUUACUCGAGUGCCGAUAUUGAAGCCGCUUCAGGCAAGGGUUCUUUUCAAACGCCCGCUGCUUGUCUCGAAUAUGUCUUAAGUGAUCCUUUUGCUUAUAACAACACCGAAAAAGCAGUUUUUUCGGGGCUCGAUCUUCGUUUAGGGCGUUGGGAUAAUCGUCGGUUGUACAAAAUUUUCGAUUUUGCAGUUGUUGGCGAAAAAUUCAGUGAAUUAACGGAAAAGUAUUCCGUUUGUUUGGCAACCCAAAGUUCCUUGGAGAAGAUUUACUCACUUGUUCAAGUAGCGCAUCAUUGGACAGGCCCCAUUUCGUGCGCGAUAUUCACAGCAGGCGAUGAUGAACUUUACGUGAUGCAACUUUAUCUCUCCUACUUGAGACAUUGUUUCAAGCCGAUUCGGGAACGGGUGAGUUUUCAUCUGGUUUUUCCCAAAGAUCGGGCGCCCGAUAACAUCAAAGGGGUUCAUGGGAGUGAUUUUGGAAAAUAUGAAUGUUCAAAGCCUGAAGCGACGUUACAGACUUUGAUGAAGUUCAGACACAGUGAAACAGCGAAAUGGCGAAUAAAGAACCCGUAUCCGCAGAAUCAUUUGAGGAAUGUGGCGAGGAAAGGAUGUCAAAAUGCAAAUGUUUUUCUCACGGAUGUCGAUAUUAUUCCGAGCGUUAAUUUUACCGAAAAUUUAGACAAGUUUCUGAGGAAAGCCAAAUGUAGUAGUAACCAAUGUGCUUAUGUGAUACCUACUUAUGAAUUAGAUGACAGAGUUCGUUUUCCGCGAAAUAAGUCGGACUUGAUAAGGUUGGCGAAUAAGGGUCUUGCUCGUCCUUUUCAUCACAAAGUUUUCAUUUAUAAUCAGUUUGCGACGAAUUUUACGAGAUGGCAAGUUGAUGGUCCCGAGCCUGAAGAAGCGCACAUCAGCCAUAACGUGACGAAUUUUGAGUUUCUCUACGAGCCAUUUUACGUUGCCAACGACAUUGUACCACCGCAUGACGAACGUUUCCUCGGUUAUGGCUACACCCGUAACACGCAAGUCUACGAAAUGUUCGUCGCUGGUUACCAAUUCCAAGUGCUAUCGCCUCUCUUCACCGUGCAUUGGGGACUGCAGAACAAAAAAAGUCGUCCAGCAUGGCGCGAACGACAAAAUAACGUCAACCGCAAGUACUUUGAGAUUUUCAAGCGGGAAGUGUUUGCGCGCUAUCACAAGGAUCCGCUGAAAAUGCUCGUGCCAAAGAAACCAAAGCGGCCUGCUGGAAACGCAGUAGGGCGAUAAAACUCUAAAAAAGUAGAAAAAAUUGUAGCAAUUUUGUAGUUAGCUUAAAAAACAAAAAAAAAAUAUUUACAUUAAAAAAAAUGAAAGUGCAUCGAUUUAUAUAAGCAAUUUUAUACUACCUAUUUUUAACAAUGGCCCACAUUAUUUACCUGUAUGACUUAUGAACUAACACACAAAAUAAAAAUAGUUGAUCUAUUUACUCGGAAUUCGUAAAAAAAUAAUAUUUUUGUUGUCCAGAUUAUAUUCAAGAGGAUUAAUAAAUUUUUAUAAGUGUCUAUAUUAC